GGAAAGUAAGAAGGGAGGGUUGGACAACGUGGCACCAAGGGACCCCCCCUCCAACCCCCUGUAUUUACCAAUAACAGGCGUCUGUUUCCCAGCACUGAACCGUCCUGGCGCACGGACUCCCUCUGAAGAGACAAAACAUCCUUCCCUCUACCUCGACUAAUAAAUGCCAAGAGACACAACACAGCAGAAAAGGAUCGCUGCUCAGAAGUGGAGACGAACAGUCGGACAAACACGUCGAGAAAAACAACAAACGCGCGCGGACCGUCGCCGUUGCCUUUCUCAAUGCAUACCCUUUGUGCCCGGGGAACCAUGAAACCAGAGAUCAACGCCGCCGUCGGAUUUCUGUCGAGAUUUCUGAGGGUAAAAGGACACGUAAACGAUCGACAGGUCCAAACAUUCAGCCAAAGCUUACAGGACAUUUUGGCAGAGCAAUAUAAGCACCACUGGUUCCCAGACAGGCCCUGCAAGGGUUCAGGUUACCGCUGCAUCCGUAUCAACCACAAGAUGGACCCACUGGUGGGGCAGGCGGGCCAGCGCAUCGGCCUGACCAUCCAGCAACUCUACCUGCUGCUGCCCAGUGAGCUCACGCUGUGGGUGGACCCUUUCGAGGUGUCUUACCGCAUCGGCGAGGACGGCUCCAUCUGCGUCCUGUACGAGUCGCAGCCCUGCCCCCCAGGAACGCCGGCGAUAGCCGCCGCCGGCCCCCCCUCAGGAAACAGCGGGCCGAUGAGCCCCAUGGUGGACAGUCACAUCAGCUGCAAGGAGGAACUGAUGGUGCUGGGCAGAACCAGUCCCUCCAAAGCCUACAAUAUGAUGACUGUGUCCAGCUAAAGAGGCACACCGUCACCCCGGCCUACUUUUGUUCAGGGUCACGCCAUGGCUGGUCAUGUCACAUGACCAGAUCAGGGUGAGCCUUUUUAAAGCUAAGAAUAUGAAAUGAAAUAGUGAAAGAAGAAAAAAGAAAAAGGAAAAAAAAAAAGCAGAGGAUGUGGCCUAUCGUCCAGGUGAUGGAAACCUUGUAGGUUUGAUAUUUUUUACCCGUUCUCCCCAUUAUCAUCUGUUCUGUUGUGUCAUUGGAUCAGCUGGGCACUCCGUUUUUCUAGGAGAGGCUUUGUGGAAAUGGAACUGUUGGGGCAGCUAACCAACCAACCAACCAACCAACCAACCAGGAACCCCCAUGGAGACUGGCUCCGCCUACCCCCCUCGACUGUAAACAGCAUGGUGAUCAGCUCCAUCUCUAAAGGGGCUAUCAUUGACUUUGCACUUUUCUUACUUGUGGUUACUAUGGGUACAUGUUCAACACACCACUGCAAAACACCAAAACCUAAAUUGUAAGGAAUUUUUACAAGGAACUACCCCUCGAAUUUCAAAAUCCAGAGGUUAUUCAGUUUGCUGUUUUUCAUUAGUUUUAUUUCCUGGGUUGGGGGGAGGAAGUUGUGGUUUAGACCGAGCCUUUCGCCAUCCAAGCUCAAGGUAAAGAAACACCCAAAUGAGAGCAUCUCUAUUUUCUAUUAAAAGACCCUUUUUGGACCACAGGGAAUUAGCUUUCUUUAUCUUGUAGCUGGAAAAAAGGCUGUCAGUCCCCCCCCCCCCCCCCCCCCCCCCCCCCCCCCCCCUUCCCCUUCUACCAUCAGCACCAAGCUUCAGAAUAAACCCUCAUCUCAGCCUUCUCUCGGCCUGUAUGUAAGUGCAAGUGGAAUGUGUCAGGACACCUGUUACCUAUGGAUACCAGUGUGUCCUGUUGCACUGUCACCCUUCCAUCACCCAUGUAUGUGUAGCUUUCCGGGGGAAGGGCAGGGGAUCCGUCUCCUCCUCCCGCCCCCUCCCCUUAGUUAAUGAAUGUUGUUGAAAUUCACAAUCAAGUUCCUGUGUUGUUGAUUUUUUUUUUUGCCCCCUUUUCCUUCCACCACUUUGUCAUCUCCUGCAUCACCAAAAUUCAACGUGUAGCAAAAGGGGGGCGUUAUUUUACCCAGUUUUUGGUCUCGUGGCCCUGUUAGGAUUGACAUUGAAUGCACUUUGACGUUAGAUUGUGUGGGAUGUGUACUUUUUAGAGAAAAUCGCCUGCAUUCCAUCCAUUCGAAUGUCACCUUUUCACACCGUUUUUAUUGCCCUCCUCAUUUUUUUAGCCGUUUUGUUCAUACUGUAGCUCCCACGUUGGGAUAGACUGAUGUCUAUUAGAGCGGGAGUGUGCAACUCUGGAUUUCAAGACCAUUUUUUUACACUGUAUUUGUGAACAUUUCAGAGCUGUUGAUUUCUAGGUGGAGAGUAUUUUUGGUGGUAUGUUAGAUCCGUUCUGUCAUCCGUUCAUAUGGCACUAUUCGCUCUAGCAGGAUGAAGAGUUAAGCUGUUUCCCCCUCAGACACACACACAGAUGGCGAUUUGUGUUGCUGAUAGAGAAAACAAGUUAGUCUGAAAGGUCUGGACUAAGUGAUGACUGUGUGAGACUUUGGCCAAAGGGAGGUCUGGAGCACCGACUGUUCAGAGAUUAAUUUUAACUUGAAUUUAAAAACAACACCAGGCCUCGUCAGCCUUCUGUUUUCAUUUAUACAUUAGCUAUUCCCAAGGUCUUGUAAAAGAUCCUUAUGUGUGCAUUGCAGGUGCAUUGCCUUACGGAGACCUCAUUGUCAUGAAUUGCGACCCAUUCGUGAUUUUUUUUUUAAACUAACAUCAGGCAUAUAUGAGCCGGCCUGGUUCAAAGUGCUGCCCGGACCCUCACUGAAGGCGUCCUCUUUCCAGCCUGGCAGCGUCAGAUUCCCCGCCCCAUCACACCACCUGGUGUGUGUGUGUGUGUGGGGGAGGGUUAAGAGUGCCUCAAGUGCCACAUAUCACCCCUCAGCUCAGACCUCCUGUUCAGCCAAAAGCAAGCCAGCAUGCUGCUAGCUGACCCCCUGUGGAUGCAGGUAGACUUAAUGUGACACAUAUCAUCAUCCAUCACCGUGGGGAGCUGGGUAAGGAAGGCGGGGACGGGGGGAGCUGGUGUGAGAGAGGAGGGGGGCCAGGGCCGGACUCUUUUUGUCCAGGGCAGCUAAAAUCCCUCCAGCCCCCUCCUCUGGACUUAUUCAACAUCCCCCACCCUGACCAGAAGCCCUCGACCCUCCCUCAGCAGUGAUGGAUAAAAACAAAUCUAGGAAAAAAGAAACCAGCACACGCGCUUGGCGUGCUCAAGCUGCACUAGGGGGGCUAGUGAGAGACGAGGAAACAUGGAUCAAAGAUGAAGAAUUGAGGGUACUAGGCCAUUGUUUUCUGUUUUCAUCUCACUGGAUUGCGCUGCACUUGAUUACUGAGUUUGAGUAGCGACUUUGUUUACAUGCAUAUGAAAGGAUGUGAUGGCUGUCUGACGUACCCCCACUCCACUCCUGGUUCUGGGGCUGAGUGGCUAACAGCGAGCUGGAACAGAUGCCGGGGCGGCUUCGGGCGUCGCUCGGGCCUUAGCCGCUGGCCAAAUCUGUCACGGCAGGCUGGUUCACCGCUCAUCACCAGACCUAUGGGUGUUUAAGCUCCCCUAAGCCUGAGAGGAUCAUGGGUAAUAGAGCUACAGCCUUUGACGCACUGCAACCCCCUAACCCCUCUCCCCUGCUCUCUGCUGAUACUCCCUUCAGCAAUCUGUGAAAAGCAGUGAUUCCAUGUUGGCCAGAUGGAGAGGAGCUUGCUGGGAUGGGAGCCCAGAGCUUUGGUUUCCAUGGUGGACAGCAGUUUUCAAAUCACGCUGCUCCAUUAUAGCUUUUUGUGUGUCAUGUGACAAGAUGUUAUGAGAUUGGUCUAUAUUUCGGACGUGAGAUGAUCGUCUCGUCUCACUUUCCUCUAGAUGUAUUUUAUGGUCACACUGGUAGAUUUUCUCAUCUUCCCACUCUGCCAUCCCCAUUUUCUCCUUUUCAUCCUCUUUUUAAGAGGAUUUUUAGUCUGGUGAUCUAACCCACUUUUAACGGGCCUUGUUUUUAGAGCUACAAAAAUUCCAAAAAAUUCAACCCAAAUCCCCUUUGACACCUUCGCAACUGUACUACCACCGCCGCCCAAAAUGGUUUAAGUCCUCGGUAAUGUUGAUUAUUUAAAUGGCAUCCAUUCAGCUUGUGCGCACAUAGGUUACAGAAUUGUCGUGAGAGUGCUUUGAGUAGUCAGAGGUAAAAUAGCACAUAAAAUGCACUAAAUAUGUCAAGUUGAAGUCGUGUGACAUUUUUUUUUUUUUGAGACGCGAGGAGUCUCUCCUGGAAUGUAUUGCCAAACUCAGGCCUCGGACAUUCAAUAAAUACCCUUGUGGAAAAGUUGUGCAUGUUAAGACAUGAAGCAGGAAGGGAACAGCAGUUUUGUUGUUGUCGUCGUCAAAAUUGUCAUUGAUUAGUUGAAUUAUUGCCACUUUCACAUUUGAGGUGUUUUACAUAUUGUAGAAUGUAUUGUAACUGUACAACAAAUGGUAGAGUACAUAACAUUACACAUGGGAAGUGCCAAUAAUUGCUAUCCUGAGGUGUUUUUAGAUGUAUUCCUUUUUGUAUUUCAUCUUUUAACAUGGAUGACGCUUUUCGUAAGUGAAGCCAUUUGUGAUGGGAGUGUUGGCAAGGACCAAAGUUGUUUUGGUAAAAAAUACUAGUUUCCAUGAUCUGUAAGUGUAGACGUAUCCUUUGUUUUUUUUUGUUUUUGUUUUUUUUUCUUUCUUUUCUUUUCAGUUUUUUCUUUUUUUUUUCUAUUUACCUACAAAAACCAGAAAAUAGACAAAAAAAUCUGAGCUUACCCAAGAAGAAAAGCUGUCUAUCUUGUGAUCUCAUGUCAGUACAUCUUUAUCGUGUUCAGUUUCUUUUCCUUGGGUAUGUUGUGAUGAACUGCUGUAAAUUUGUACAGUUCAUGUAAAUUGAUUGUGCGGAAGUUGUACAGAUUUCUAUAUUUUGGAAGAAAAGUUUUUUUUCUCUGUAAUAAAAGAUUUCCUAUCUUGGCAUCAUA